AUGGAUCAUUCACUACCAGAGCCCUUCGCGCCCGGUCCGCGGCAGUUCAUGCGCCCAGCCCUACAUGCUUUGGCCUUCUUCUUCGCGCUCUUUGUCGCCCUCGUCCAGAUCCUCAUCCUCGCCGGUGGCACAUGGGUCAUUCGCGACAGCGACGGCGCUCAACGUCUCGGGCUAUCGAGCCUCUCCAUCGUGCAGUUCAACGGCAUCAUUCCAUCCCCAACCAACCCAGACACUUACCUCGUCACAAUGCACCAAUUCGCCGCCUCCUUCGCCUACGAAUACCCAUCCAAGUCAAAAGCGGGCAUAAUCGGAUCAUCCCCCCAUCUCCCCUACGACCUGGGCGCCGUCAGCCGAGCCCUCGCCCUCCCCGAAUCCGAAUGGGCCUGCUACCACUCCGCCCAGGACCCGUGCACCGGCAACCCCUUCCUGAGCGCCUUUCGCCACGAAUGGCUCGUCCUCCCCACGGGGACGGCGAACUUUGCCAUCCUCUACGCCCUCGUCGUGGUCGCCUACCUCUUGGUCACGGAGCUGCUCAUUGCCGUUCGGCCCAGCUGGCUGCGGUGCCAGUGCUACUUUUCGUGCCUCAAGCGCGUGUGCCCGUGUCCGCGCGGGACCCGCGCCGAGAUUGAGGCGUUGCCGUUGGCGUUUUGGGAUCGGUAUCGGGCUUGGUGCUGGUGGAUGCUGCCGUGCACGGCGUUUUUGCCGGCGUUUACGCAAGGUAUGAAUGGGAUGCUGCUCAAGGCGUAUGUGAGUCGGCCGAGGGGGUUGGGGGACGUGAAUGCGAGGUUUGGGACGGGGUUUGUGGUGGUGCAGGCUUUGUGUUUGGGUGCGUCGGUUGCGGGCGCGGGAUGUAUGGUGUUGAGAAAGGUCUUGGCGCGCAAGAGGAGUUGGAUGGAGGAGCAGGGAGUGGGCUUGAAGCGGGGGGCGUGA